GCAACCACCUCCGCUACGGUCUGCUCUCGAAAUACUGCAAACGUUUGGGAUGUGACACCGCUGAACCUCCCAGGAACUGGUAAACGACGACACGCAUCUGAGAGGUACCCUGCUUGCAAUCGACUCCUUCAGCCCUCAUCACGGUCGUCGCGCGUAAUCACGACACUGCCAGUUAUCGCGAAACGCGCAUUUAAACUUUACGUACUCGCGAAACUUGAGACGCAAUGUGCGGCCGCUUCGCUCUCAGACUUCUCCACGACGAGAUCCAGGCCAUGGAAGGCUACAACAUCGAGAUAGGCGACUGGGUCGACCAGGGCAACUUUGUCCCUCGAUACAAUAUUGCGCCGCGCUCGCAGGCUCCAGUCAUACGACGCUCUCAGGACGGUACCGCCCAAUCUGCUCACGCCGAGAAUGACGCUAGCGACGCGUUGGGCGACGGGAGUGCCGGCGAGGCACACGGUGUUGAGCACUCUGAGGAGGCCGCAGCACAAGACGGGCUCGUACUGCACACGAUGAAGUGGGGGCUGGUCCCGCAUUGGAGUAAGUACGAGGACCUGACGCUGAACACCAUCAACGCGCGCUCUGAGGCACUCGAGGAGGGCACCGGCAUGUGGAAGAGCCUCCGCGGCUGGCGGCGCUGCGCCGUGCCGUGUCAAGGGUACUACGAGUGGUUGAAGAAGGGCCGGGAGCGCCUCCCGCAUUUCGCGAAGCAGAGCGACGGGCGGAUGAUGCUUCUUGCGGGGUUGUGGGACGUCGUCGCGCUCGAGGGCCAGACCGAGCCGCUGUACAGCUUCACGAUCGUCACGACGGACGCAUGCAAGGACAUGAGCUGGCUGCACGACCGCCAGCCAGUCAUCCUCCAGACGGCGGAGGCGCUGCACAUGUGGCUCGACACGGAGCACCACAAGUGGGACAGCACAGUCGUCGACCUGCUGCAGCCGUACCGCGGCGAGCCGCUCACCUGGUCGUGGCGUAGCUACCCAGUUCCGAAAGAGGUCGGAAAGGUCGGCGAAGAGUCCCCGACGUUCAUACAACCGCUUGCGGCGCGCCCCGACGGGAUCCAGGCGAUGUUUGCUCGCCAGACGGCCAAGGCUCUUCCCUCUUCCUCGGGUUCAUCCCAGCAGACUAAAGCCGAGGCGAAGACCCCGACCAAGCGCAAGCGCAGUGCAUCGCCAGUACCGCAGAAGAUGCCAAGCACUUCGUCUCCGAAGAAGUCACAGUCAAAGUCGAACUCGGAAGUCAAGGACGAAGAGGGUCAUGUGAAAGAGGUCGUCGAUCUUUGUGAAGAUCAGGAGGAGGUCAAAGAGGAGGAGGAUGUGAAGCCGAAGACGGAGAAGAUGAAUAGUUGGGAAGAUGACGAGAUAGAAAUCUUGGACAUCAAUGCACCCCAGGCAAGCCACAGCCGCAAUAUCAAGAGUCCUGGAAAGUCGGUGAGGAUUUUGUUCGGCUGUAUUAGUCAGAUUCGCGCUCAACCGACAUGCUCAUAGGCUUCGCACGGGACGCCGUCGCUGAAGGUGAGUUUCUUUGGGUCUUUGAAAU